AUGCGCGCAAAACAGAGGAGGGAAGUGAUGAAGACGAUGCGCGACCACUUCCGCGUUGUCAGAGGUACGACCCUGAUCGAGAAACCGGACCAGGGCAGAGCCAUGGAGUGUGUGGCUGCGCACGCCGCGUCUAAUCACUUCCUAAGGGCCGGUGACUUCUGUAGGUUUGCCGACUGGAGAUUUGUCCACCGUGCGAGAUUGAACUUAGUGCCGCUGAACGGCUCCUCGUCCUGGAGGACUGGUGACCGCCGGUGUCGACGUUGUGGGAAUAAUAUUGAAAGCCUCGCCCACGUCGUUAACCACUGCAUGCGGUACACCAGUCUCUUCAUGGCGAGACACAACUCCCUUGUGGCUCGACUGAAGAAAGCGGCCGACGGGAAGUUUGAGGUCGUGUCGGAGAACCAGGCGAUUGGCGCUCAGCGCCUUAGACCCGACCUUAUCCUUAGAAGGGGCACAACCACUCUGAUUAUUGAUGCCACAGUACCCUUCGACAACAGGAUGAAGGCCUUCGAAGAAGCUGCAGACGAAAAGAGAGCCAAAUACGAGGAGCUGAGAAAGGAGAUCGCUGCCGAACACCCUGGGGAGGUAACAGUGUUCCCGUUCAUUGUUGGCUCCCUGGGUUCCUGGGAUCCGGCCAACGACGUGCUGGUGAGGCAGCUGUGCAGCAGAGCCUACGCAAAGCUCAUGCGGAAGCUAUGUGUUAGCGAGGUCAUCGGGUACACCAGAGAUGUCUACACCGAACACAUCUCCGGAGUUCGAGCGAGGCAUGGCUGA